CAACGUCAGAUUUCAUCAGAUUACUUUCGAAGUGACAGCGAAGCACAUGUUUUUAGUUAAAUUCGGUUAAAUCUUAAUUAUUAGUUACUUAAAUCGUAUUUUUUAUUUAAAAAAAUAGUGCAAUGUCCAAACAAGUCUUGGAAGAGCAAAUCAAAGCACAGGGUGAAAUUGUGAGGAAAUACAAAGCUGCCAAAGAAAGCAAAGAAAAGGGCCAGAAUGGGUUUUCACCUUUCGGUUCAAAACUAACCGAAAAGCAUUUUGAGGCCCUUAAUGAGUAUUUCUCGAGUCGCAGCUAUGUCUCCGGAUAUAGCCCCACGACUGCCGACGAGGAAUUAUAUCAAAUAGUUAGCAAUAAUGUUAAAAGUUGCCCCCAUCUCAACCGAUGGCGCACUCAUAUUGCGAGUUUUUCCAAGGCGGAAAAACAUAAAUUUCCUCAUCUGAAACUAAAUCGUGUGAAAAACUUAAUCGAUACUUAUCUGGAUGUGCAGAUCGCUGAAGAAGUCAGUAAGUUGCUAGAAUUAAAGGCCAAAUUGAACGAGGAUGAAUCUCCAGCAGCUGGUCCGCAGAAAUUCACUCUCAAGACACCAAAGGGGACCAGAGAUUUUUCUCCGGAACAGAUGGCCUUAAGGAACACUGUUCUGGACAAAAUCAUAUCAGUAUUCAAGAAACACGGAGCAGAGACCAUAGAUACGCCCAUUUUUGAGCUGAAAGAAGUAUUAACGGGUAAAUACGGGGAAGACUCGAAAUUAAUUUACGACUUGAAAGACCAAGGUGGCGAAAUCCUUUCGCUGCGCUAUGACUUGACCGUUCCUUUUGCCCGGUAUUUGGCAAUGAACAAAAUCACGAAUAUCAAGCGGUACCACAUUGCUAAAGUCUACCGCAGGGACAAUCCCUCGAUUGCCAGGGGGCGCUAUAGGGAAUUUUAUCAAUGCGAUUUUGAUAUUGCUGGCGCCUACGAUCCGAUGAUCCCUGACACUGAAUGCGUUAAAAUCGUUUAUGAAAUUUUGAAAGUGUUAGGAAUGGAUCAAUUCACUAUUAAGUUGAAUCACCGGUUGCUUUUGGACGGACUGUUUGAGGCUUGCGGCGUUCCGAAGGAUAAAUUUCGGUCGAUUUGCUCAGCUGUGGAUAAAUUGGAUAAGUCACCUUGGAGCGAAGUAAAAAAAGAAAUGGUUGAGGAAAAAGGGUUAGAGGAAAGCGUAGCUGACCUGAUUGGUGAGUACGUCCAACUCAAUGGCCAAGAAGACCUCGUUGAGAAGUUAUUAAAAGACGAGAGACUGCUCAAAAGUAAAUUAGCGGUCGAGGGUCUGGAAGCAAUCAAAUUGAUUUUGCACUAUUGCGCCUUUUACAACAUCUCCGACAAAAUUUCGUUUGAUCUUAGCCUAGCCAGAGGUCUGGAUUACUACACCGGGAUCAUCUACGAGGCUGUCUUAUCAGGUGAUGCAGGCGGUGACUCGGAAUUCUCCGUGGGUUCUAUUGCUGGCGGCGGCCGCUAUGACAACCUCGUCAGUAUGUUUGACUCCAAACACAAACAGGUUCCUUGUGUCGGCGUCUCAAUCGGUAUCGAGCGCAUUUUUGCCGUCCUUGAGGCCAAAUAUGCAGCCGCGAAUAAAAAAAUUCGAACUACCGAAGUUCAAGUUUACGUUGCAUCAGCUCAGAAGAAUCUGGUUGAGGAGAGAAUGAAACUUUGUAACCAUUUAUGGGAUGAAGGAUUUAAAGUUGAGCAUUCGUACAAGAAAAAUCCCAAACUGUUGGUGCAGUUGCAACACUGUGAAGAGUACGGGAUUCCCCUAGCCGUUAUUUUGGGGGAGUCCGAAAUUCAGAGAGGUGUUGUUAAGUUGCGCGAGGUGAAGUCGAGGAAUGAAGUGGAGGUUCCGCGUACGCAACUGGCCGAUGAAAUUAGGAAAAUGUUGCAGAAGUCGUGUAUGAACGGAACGUUGUAACAGGAUAUUUAUUAUGCGAAGGUUAAUUUAGGUCUAUUUAUUUAUUUUAAGUGGUCAAUUUUUAAUUACAUUGUAUGAAAUUGUUACAAUAAACGCUUCAAAAUUA